AUGAUAUUCAGGCCCCAAAUACUACUGGUGCUGAGUCUCUUAUUGAGUCUUUUCCUAUUUGCAAUUGGGUUCUUCCCACAGAAAAAUGUCUUGAAGGGCCUAGCAGACUUCCAUUACAACUCUGAACAGCAAAGAGAAACGAAACCGGUCUUCCAAAAACUUGUACUAGUGGUCAUCGAUGCCCUAAGAUCUGAUUUCUUGUUCGAUGAAACGAACUCACACUUUCAUUUCAUUCAUUCCCAAUUAAACGAGGGAACAGCGUGGGGAUUUACAGCGUAUUCUAAUCCGCCUACUGUCACACUUCCUAGGUUAAAAGGUAUUACGACAGGUUCCACUCCGAACUUCUUGGAUGCCAUUUUAAACGUCGCAGAGGAUGAUGUAUCUACCACUUUGGCUGAUCAAGAUUCAUUGUUAGCUCAAUUCCAUUUACAAAAUAAGAAGAUCAACUUUUUUGGUGACGAUACUUGGUUAAAAUUGUUUCCUAGGGAUUGGUUUAAUGAAGUAGAGGGCACUAAUUCCUUUUUUGUCUCUGAUUUCGAAGUUGUAGAUACAAAUGUCUCGAGACAUUUAACUAAACAAUUGAAGCAUAAUCAUGAUUGGGAUGUGUUGAUAAUGCAUUACUUGGGACUCGACCAUAUUGGACAUAAAGAUGGAGCCUCCUCUAAGUUUAUGCCAGAGAAACAUAUAGAAAUGGAUAAUAUUGUAAGACAAGUGUACGAAAAUAUAGAUGAUGAUACGUUACUUGUGGUGAUGGGUGACCAUGGAAUGAAUGAAGUGGGGAAUCACGGCGGUUCCUCAGCAGGAGAAACAUCUGCCGGGUUGGUGUUUUUAUCCAAUAAAUUAAAGAAAGGUGAACUUCCUUUGAAACAAAGACACCUAAACUUACCAAUUAAGAGGCAAACUGAUGAAAACUUCCAAUUCUUGACUUCAGUCCAACAAAUUGAUUUGGUUCCAACCUUGGCUACUUUAUUUAAUAUCCCAAUUCCUAAAAAUAAUGUAGGUAUUGUUAUUCCAGAGUUUCUGCAAUUUCUUAGAAAAGAUAUGAUUAAUAUAAAACUAAUGGAAAAUUAUCACCAGUUAUUGCAGCUAUCAAAAGGCCAAGAUUUACCAAAUAUUCCUUUCGAUCAUAUGGAUAGUAAAAAUAUAAUGAAUAAAAUGAAAGAAAUACAAGAUGAAUUAACGAAGAACGCAACUAACUACAAUUAUUCAUACCUCGGAAGGGGUUACCUUUUGUUGAUUUUUACCACUGUUACUGUCUUCAUUGUAUUCAUUCUAAACCAAAAAUCUCUUUACUGCGCAACGACGAUUAUAACAAUAGUGAUUUCAUUAUUAGUAGGGCUCUCGUCGUUUGGAAGCAGUUUUGUCGAAGAAGAGCAUCAAAUUUGGUGGUGGAUAAUAACUGGAUCCAUUAUGUUCUCAUGUAUAGAAACACUAAUUUCGAAUCCUUCAAAAUCAACAGUCUUCAACCAUUUUCUUAUUGCUGUUUGCGCUAGAAUUAUUAGAGGUUGGAAUAAUAGUGGCCAAAAACACGUGUACGAAUUCAUAUUAACAAACAUACUUAAGAACCAUUACAAUACACUGUGGUACUUAAUAUGUACCACCAUUUACUAUAUUGGGUUAAAAAAUACUAUUAGAACAGAUUUUCUUUCGUUUUUGGGCCCCUUCUUCAUGACAACUUUAUGUUUCGUAUAUAAAUUAGAUUGGGCUAUCGUGAAUAAUGAAUCUGUUCCUGAAUGGUUCUAUGUAAUAACAAAGGAGGCAAGUGACAUAUUACUGAAAGUCGGUCAUUCGCCAAAGGACGCAUUUAAGGAGGCACUGCUUCCUUUGGCAACGUUGUUUUACCAAACAUUUGUCGCAUUAGUAUCCAUCAGAAUAAUAUUUUUGGUAUUUUUCUCCAGAAGAAAAACUUUCUUUGACGAUAUUAGCAAUUAUAUCAGCUUGCUACUGAUAUUUCAAUCAACAGCAACCAAUAUUCCCCAAUUUUUAGUUUUUGAAUUUUUAAAGAAGUCAAUCACUAAAGUAUUACAGAAUUAUCAUCAAGAAAAUAAAAACAAUUAUCUUCCGUUGAUCUCUUUAAUUUUGCAAUCAUUUACUUUCUUCCAAUUUGGAGGCACAAACUCUAUUGCGACCAUCGACAUAUCCAAUGCAUAUCAUGGAAUAUCAGAAAACUAUAACAUAUACCUUGUUGGUAUCUUUAUGACCAUAUCAAAUUUUGCACCAUCAAUAUAUUGGAUAAUUUCAAUGUGGCCAAUUCUAUAUGCAGAAAUACCGGAAAGUUCCUCGAAAUGGAAUAUUUAUUUUAAGAACAAAUUGCCUCUGCUGGUAUUUAAUUGUAUUGUUGGAUGCUGUCUCUUGGCCGCAUGCUACAUAUUGAGAUACCAUCUUUUUAUUUGGAGUGUUUUCAGCCCAAAGUUAUGUUACUUUCUUGGUUGGAAUGUGUUUAUGAACUUUGUCGUUGGAUGGCUAGUUGAAGGUACAUUAGUGGCCUUAUAUUAA